AUGACUGUGGCUCCUUCCAUCCUCAUUGCCAUCACAGAGGUGAAUAUCGGCAUCCCUAACAAUAUACAUAACCUGAUCUCUUCGUCGCAACAACUGGAAGAGGAACCCCACAACGCCGAAUACCUCGUCAUCUCUCGCAUAACUGUUCAGCCUUGUCGGAGUUGGUUGGACCUUUGGUUGGACCAGGGCCUGGUCGGUCAGGCUCAUGACACGCUAGUUUGGCGGAUUUUCUGGCCACAAUGUGUUGUCGCAUGUCUUCCAUCGGGCAUCUACGGGACUAUUUCUGCAGCAGUCGUAGCGAAACAAAUUCUGUUCACGUUCCGGUCAAUCCGUUUCGGGCUGAUGGUCGGUAUCGGUGGCGGUGUUCCGUCUCCCUCGACGGAUAUCCGUCUGGGGGAUGUUGUGGUAAGUAAACCCACCGGCGUUACACCGGGUGUUGUGCAAUACGACUAUGGUAAGACUUUGGCAUCGGGGCGUCUGGAACGCAUCGGAACGCGGAACCUGCCACCCCAAGCUCUGCUUACUGCGCUCUCAAAAGUGGAAUCCAACCACAUGGUCGGGAAGUACAAGUUUCGGGACUAUCUUUCUGAUAUCCGUCCCCAAAGCAUUGGCGACCCAUCCAUUUUUCGCUCUCCGGGGGAAGACCGGGAUAUGUUGUUCAAUGCUGCUUACGAUCAUGAGGCAUAUUCUCUGGACUGUUCUUCCUGUGAUCACAGUCAAAGAGUGGCCCGAAAGCGGCGAUCUAUUCCAGCACCAAGAGUUCAUUAUGGUAUCAUUGCGUCUGGCAACCAAGUCAUGAAAGAUGGCCGGACACAGGAGUUGGGGGUCCUGUGUUUUGAGAUGGAGGCAGCGGGGCUCAUGGACCAUUUUCCUUGUCUGGUGAUCCGAGGGAUCUCUGAUUAUGCCGACUCCCACAAGAACAAGGACUGGCAAGGUCAUGUGGCCAUCACGGCAGCUGCUUAUGCGAAAGAACUGCUAUCGGAAGUUUCAUUGAGCCAGGAACAGGCCUACGGCUCUGCAAGGAGUCGUAUAGGGUUGGACGAGAUGUUCUUUGUUAGGUUCAACACCAUCGAUAUCCCUCGAAUAACAUACACUAUGGGGCGAGAACAAGAGCUCGCGCAUAUUCAGCAGAAGCUCCUAGCCAACCUCUCUGAUGGAACGGCUGUCUUACAAGGACGUGCUAGAUCUGUGUUUUGGCUUGACGCUACCACCUUGAGCACUUUGAAAUUAAACUUUAUGGUAAUGGCAAAGCGUAUCCUUCUCGAUCAUCCUUCGUGGGGGAAAUUGAGCGAGAUCAUCGAAAACGAAGACACCGAAGAGGCCGUUAAGGAGACCAAAAGAUGGCUGAGCGAGGUCAUGAAUUAUGGUUGGUUGCUUAUAUACGACAACUACAAUGUCGUGAAAUCAUACGGCUCCAUCGAAGAAGGUCAGAACUUUGGCGUCGAGCGUUUCUUUCCGGAUGUACGACAGGGUCACAUCAUAAUGACAACAAGGUCAACCAGGCAAGACCUUGGUUAUACAAUCCGAGUCGAGCCACUCAUGGAUAUCAAUCGACGUCUCUCAAUAUCAUUCCAAACCCCAAGGAGGCAAGACUCGGAUAAUAUCUUGUGUAGCAUGCUUGCGCUAGAUGAAGGCUUCUGA